AUGGUUGCUGGCGGCAAGCACCUUGAUGAAGAUGAUUGUUUGGAUGAUGAAGAGGAAUUGGUGGUCGCGAAGAAGAAGAACAACAGUAGGAAGAAUAAGAAGUUGGGUAGAAAAGGUUUGAGAAAAAAGGGUUCUGUUAGAGGUAGAAAAAGGAGAAAACGUACUGCCUCAGCAAAGCCUUUAGGAAAGAAAGGAAGAAGAACUCGUGGGUUGAGGAGGAAAGAAAGAUGUGAUGAUGAUUGUGAUUUUCUUGAUGAUGCUCUGGUUGUGAGAGAAAAGCGCAAGACAAAAUCAAGUCGACAAAGGCGAAAGUAUGUUGUACCUUCAGAUUCAGAUUUUGUGUCUUCUGGGUCAUCUGAUUUUGAUUAUACAAUCUCAGAGGAAGAGAGAGAACAAGUGAGAGAAGCCAAUGAAUUGUGUGGGUAUCUGAAAACUAGUUUAAGGAGUUCAGUUUCCUCAAAGAAAACUGAGGAGGAAGAUAAUUUACAGCUGCAAAGAAAACCUCCUGCAAGAAAGGGUAAGGAGAAGAUAGAAGUGGUGAAGAGUGAAGUGGCAAAGCAAGUUUGUGGUAUAUGUUUUUCUGAGGAAGAUAAAAGAAGAUUCAGGGGGACUCUGAACUGUUGCAGUCACUAUUUCUGUUUCGCUUGCAUCAUGGAGUGGUCAAAAGUGGAAUCACGUUGCCCUUUGUGCAAGCAGAGGUUCAAGACAAUUACUAAGCCAGAAAGAGCAACAGCUGGUGUUGAUUUGAGAAGUGUGGUGAUUCAAGUACCCAAACGUGAUCAAGUCUAUCAACCAUCUGAGGAAGACCUCAGGAGUUAUCUUGACCCCUAUGAGAAUGUUAUUUGUUCUGAAUGCUACCAAGGUGGGGAUGAUGGCCUUAUGUUACUGUGUGAUAUCUGUGAUUCAUCAGCACACACCUAUUGUGUUGGCCUUGGGCGGGUUGUACCGGAUGGCAAUUGGUACUGUGACGGCUGUAGACCUGUUGCUCCUGGAUCUUCUAGUUCUCCAGCUCAAGAUCCUUUACCUGAUCAAAGGGCCACAAACAACUUGUUUAAUAGACCAUCACCCAUCUUAGUUUUUGGGGAAAGUUUAGACCCUCCUUCAUUGUCGUCACCUCGUAUAAGCCUAACUCAAGGUUCUGUAAGUCUUUCAUCACCUAGACUUAGUGUUGGAGAUGUUCAGGCAGCUUCUCCAGGAUCUGGAGCAGGGGCACCAACCUUCUCUGGGAGACGCUGGAUACACUGUCAGACACAAAAUCUCCUUUCUAUUAAUAGAAUGAAUUAUAUGGCUGGUAGUGCUGAUGGUAUGUCAAACCCCAAUUUGAGUAGUGACAUUUUGAACUCUCAGAUAGAUCAGGGCAGGGAAACAGUAGUUCAACCAGCAAGUGCUCAAGGAAGUACGGAGCUACUGCAUCAGACAAUCAUUGAGGAGAGAUUACACGAGUUUUCUCCUUCUUCAGUAGAAAAUAGUGAAAUUUUUGCUCCAAGAUUAAGCCAUUUGAGAAGGCAAGCGGUUCAGGAUCCAACUAUGGCUACCAUGAAUGGGCUUGCCAAUUUAACAUUGUGGCCUGAACGUGCUGGGAUCAAUUUAAUACCAUCCUAUGAGCAAUUCCGACAGUGCGGCAGUAUAUCAAAUCUUGGGUCUGAUGGUGGUUUGUCUCCUUUUGCAGCUAGAGAUGAGGGUGAUUUUUAUGUAGCAAAGGAACAGUUGCAAUCAAUUGUCAAAAACCAUUUGAAAAACUUGUCCAGAGAUAUUGAACUUGACCACAGUAUAUUCAAGGACAUCGCAAGAAGUUCUACACACACCAUUUUAGCCGCUUGUGGUCUUGAACACAGUAGGAGUGAGGUUCACCUUGUGCAGCCACCAUCAAUUUGUUCUCAUGUAGAAAGAUUGGCAGCUGGACAGAUUAGUUUGAUGAAAGGUUUCUGCUCUUCUUGCUUUGAUACUUUUGUACAAGAUGUAGUGAAGAGAAUCAUGGACACAAGGAUGCCGCAAUGGUUAAGUUUAGGUCUUUAGGAUUGAUGCAGAGAGCUUCUCUCUCUGCUUAUGUCUUUUUGAUAGGAGAUAGACAAAAUUUAUUGUAACUGUUUAUAGCGAUAAUUAACUGAGUACAUUGAGCACC